CCCCAAUUGAGGACGUGCAGGGUGUGCCUAGCACUGCUUGACACAGCCUGUUAUCCAGCUUAGGACCAGCACCAUUGGGCGCAACUAAGCGGAACUUUUACCUCAUGGUUGCUGCAGUAUAUGACCAAUGGUGCUCUAUAAUGUGCUGUACGUAUCCUUCCUGUGUGGUACGGUACACAUUGCGAGAUACCCAGGGAGAAAGUCCAGGAUUCUUCCUCGGCGCUAGCAUGGCAGGACAUAUAAUAGAUAGGGCUGCGACAGGGUUAUAUGCUUAUUCGGGCCCAGUAUUAUUUAAUUUAUUCUAAGUCUCUGAAUCUUGGUGGAUGGAGCAAAAAGUCUCUCAAAUCGUUCAGGCUCGGGGAGCUACUUAGGGAAAGUCAUUUGGUCGUUGUGCUGAGACAUACCCUCUUUGGUUGUUGCUUUGGUCUGUAUAAUUUCCUGCCAACUAUAGGGAAGCUGCUGACUGAAUCUAGCGGGCAAGAAGCCCCAGAACGUGUUUACGGGCUUGGGUUCAAAUGGUCUAUGAUGGCCCCGCAGUACCAUAAUACUACUGUUGUUAUAGCUGCAGCGCACCCCAAUGUCCAGACUGGUGGCGGGACAUGGAAUAGAUGGUUUCUGUCAGACAUUGCUCUCUUGGCUGCCUGACUGAAGGGCCUAGGGCCAAAUAAACUAUGACCCAUAGCGGAUGAAGCUGGGGUAUCAUAGAUUGGCUUCUUUGAGGGGCUUGUUUA